GUGUAACUGGUACAUCUGACAUAGUUUCUCGAAAAAACUGAAGUUCGUUCCUGCAUAACGGUUAUUGUGUCAGCAGAUUUUUCCGAAUAUUCAUCAAGAUGUAUAACAACAGUUAUUCCAAUCAUACCAGUUUGUCAACAGCAUUUUCUGAAAACAGUUACAGACCUAGGGGGAACAGAGACUCUAACAGUCGUAAUGGGAGUGGAACAUUCUGGAAUAGUCAACAACACACACAGAAGGAGAAGACGCUUAAGAAGCAAGCUCAGAGGAGAACACCUGGAGAUUCAUUGAAGAAGCCUAGUUGGGAUUUAGCCAAAUUACCCGUGAUCGCUAAGAAUUUAUAUAUCCCACAUAUCAACGUCCUGAAACGUUCGAUCGAUGAGGUCACCAAAUAUCACAUUGGCAAAGAAAUCACAGUAAAAGGAAAUAACACCCCGUCUCCGAUUCAAGCAUUCGAAGAAAGUAACUUCCCGGAUUACGUAAUGAAAGAAAUUAGAAAACAAGGAUUUGCUGAACCAACUGCUAUUCAAGCACAGGGUUGGCCAAUUGCGCUUAGUGGACGUGAUUUAGUUGGAAUUGCUCAAACAGGAUCUGGAAAAACGUUAGCUUAUAUUUUACCAGCGACGGUACACAUCAAUAGUCAACCACAAUUGAGCCGAGGAGACGGUCCGAUUGUUUUAAUUCUUGCUCCAACGAGGGAGUUGGCUCAGCAAAUUCAAUCCGUCGCCAGGGACUUCGGAUCAUCUUCGUGUAUCCGUAAUACUUGUAUCUUCGGUGGUUCUCCAAAAGGGCCUCAGGCUCGCGACUUAGAACGUGGCGUUGAAAUAUGCAUCGCCACUCCCGGCAGACUGAUCGAUUUUCUCGAGAAGGGAACGACGAAUCUGCGCAGGUGCACGUACCUUGUACUCGAUGAGGCGGAUAGAAUGUUGGACAUGGGAUUCGAGCCGCAGAUUCGUAAAAUCAUCGAACAAAUAAGACCCGACAGGCAGGUGCUAAUGUGGUCCGCAACGUGGCCCAAGGAAGUGCAGGCUCUAGCUGAAGACUUUCUGACAGACUACAUUCAGAUAAACAUUGGUUCUCUGACAUUGGCUGCUAACCACAACAUACGUCAGAUAAUCGAGAUUUGCCAGGAACACGAGAAGGAAUCGAAGCUUUCGGGUUUGCUACGAGAAAUUGGCAAAGACCGAGGAGGCAAAAUGAUCAUUUUCGUUGAAACGAAGAAGAAAGUAGACGACAUAACUAAAGCUAUUAAACGGGAGGGUUGGUCGGCCAUCUCUAUUCACGGCGAUAAGUCUCAACCUGAAAGGGAUUACGUUCUGUCCGAGUUCAGGAACGGAAAAACGAUGAUACUUGUCGCUACCGACGUGGCUGCUCGCGGUUUGGACGUGGAGGACGUGAAAUACGUGAUCAACUUCGAUUACCCUAACAGCUCUGAGGAUUACAUUCACAGAAUAGGAAGGACCGGACGUUGUCAAAGUGCUGGCACCGCGUAUGCGUACUUCACACCUAACAACGCAAGACAAGCGAAAGAAUUGAUCUCAGUUCUAGAGGAAGCUGGCCAAGUGAUAAACCCGCAAUUAGCAGAUCUGGCAAACUCGAUGAAGAAUUCCUACGGCAAGGGUCGCCAACGCUGGAGUCACUCUCGCUCCAACAAAGAUAACAAUCCUGGAAGCCCGCGAAACAAUAGUAGCCCGACGAAUAAUUGGCAAAAUCAACAUUCUCAAAGUAUUCAACACAACGGCGUUAACGGCCAAGAAAGAACCGUUGCGCGCCAACAGAAUGGAUACCAGAACAGUCGUCAGAAUAGUUUUCAGCCUAACUACCAACAACAGCAGCAGCAGCAACAACAACAGCAGCAACAACAGCAACACCAGAGACAGCCUAAUGCUUAUACCACCAGUUGUCAGACUAGUAGCAGCUACCAAACUGGUUAUCAGAAUGCAAAUAUACCUAGAUACCACGGGAGGACGGGAAGUUUUCAAGGGAACCGUUACCACAACCGUCAGAACACCUACAGUACCAACCAAACAGCUGGGGGACAGAACGUAUACUCUAUGCCACCUCCGUUCAUGAUGCCAUCCGGUGGUCAUACCGACUCUGGGAUGCAAAGCCUUGUUAAUAACAAAUUCUUCCAGACAAAUCGGCCACCGCCAAACACUGGAGCCUGCGCUUAUCAAUCGAUGGGAUACGGUCAGUUCCAAGCUGUGCCACCGUAUAGUUACCCUUAUCCGCCCACUCCAGUGCAGCAGUGACGCUUUUCAAAGAAUAAGUCGGUAAGAGUGCAGGCUAAAUAAGAGAUCGAAUUUUUUCUUUUUCUCCUGUCUAAUAUCGGACCCAUUUAAUAUUUACGGUUUGUGUAGAGGAUACAAUUGGGUCUCCCUUUGAAUAUAUACGUAACGUAAUGUUUCUUCUUUUCUUUGUCGUUUAUUAUUUUCUGGAAUGGUGCCGGUUCGACGGUUGGUAUAUACAGAACAAAAUCGUUUGAGUUUAUUCGUUCGUUGAACAAACACGAGUGACGGAGAUGUCGGAAAUGGUGUGUAGUAUCGUUUUGCAUCGGUCAAGCCAAGUACAAUAUUUCAUUAUUCGUUCUAUAGGAAAUGAAACAAAACCGAAAAAAAAAAAGGAAAAAAAAAACAUGAAAUUGAUUGUUGCGCAUUAUUAAAUCUUCGAGGCACAUUCCAGUCGAGUUUUUUGAAGUAGUGGUAGUUGUUUAGCAAUGAUACAUUGAUAUAAUCGUUACUGGAUGUAGAGUAUGACCAGAAAUGUAGGCUUUUAAUAACCAUAAUUGGUCGUAUCCCUAAGGAAACACACGUACACACACAACCACACAUAAGUGAAUACACAAAGCAAACUAAUUAAUCUUUUUGCGAUAACUAUGUAAACGUCAUUUAAUGCUUUUCGAAAUGCACGAAACGUAUAGAAGGGGGGUGGGUUAAACGUUUUCAUAUUUGAUAAUUUAUUUAUAUUUUGCAUAUAUAUAUAUAUAUACACACACAUACGUAUGUACAGGCAACGCUCUUCAAAAUGUAAGGCCUUUUGCAUAAAAAUUAAGCCGUACCACCCGUUUUUUAUAAAAAAAAAUAAAAAAAAAACAAAAGAAAAAAGAGCACACGACGUACGCCAUCGUGUCGACGUCUGUUUUAUAAACUGGACAGACGAAGGGUGAAAAAGGUAUAAUCUCAUCAAAACUAGAGAACUUUGAUGGAGGAUAUCCAGCAUAAUAAUUAUAGCGUACAAAAGAAAUAAGAAAAAAAAAAAAAUAAGAAGUGAACAAAGCGAAGUACUUCGAGACUAUGCCGGACACGCCAAGCCGGAAUCGUUUCGAACGAUUCUCUUGAAGCCACCCGGGUUAUGAUCCCCGGGGCAGAGAGACGAGUAGAAGGGGAGAAAAACUUGGGCUCUAGGGGACAACUUAAAAUUUAAGCAUGUAGUCACAAUGGCUGUGUACCUCGGCGCAAAGUUUGAUACCUUAUUUUUAUAAUAUAUAUCGAAAGUAAUUUGUUGUUAAACCAACGAAUGAUUAUACGAAGAGAGAAAGAGGAUAGAGCGAGAGAAAGAUAACAAAAAAAAGAAGAAACGCGAGUUAAUAAGAGAAACAUUGUUUGAUGUUUAUGCAAUUGGCCACUGAGUGGUCUUGUCUUUGCGCGUCCGUGUCAAAAUGGGUGUAUAUUUUGGUGAAAACGCGCAUUGCUGGCCGCGAUCGAACGAAUUUCAGUUCUUGUAUGUACCUGCUUUUUAGUUUCGCGCUCAUUAAUGAAAAUUCUUGCUGAUUUUUGUUCUUUUUUUUUUUUUACUAUAUAUUAUUUUUCUUUUUUUUUUUCUCUUUAUUAGGAUAAACGAUCGUCGAGAUUUAUCCGUGUGACAUUUAUCGAAAUGAAAAACGUUCGAAUGCGCUGCCGUGAACGUUGUGUACGAAAAAAAAAGAAAAAAUAACGCGUGAGAGGAACACGAGCCAAAUAAUGUCAUUAUGGCGACGAUUAAUCCACGUGUUAUAUAUAUAUAUAUAUAUAUAUAUAUAUUAUUGCGGCCAUUCUAAAAGCGACUCUCGAGGGAACUUUUUCAAGCGAUAGAGAUUCGAACACGAAACAUAUAUUUAUAUUACAUAUGUAUUAUACCGUUUAACGACAGCGCAUAGCGAUUAUUUGCGGGCCUCCAGAUUUAACUCUGUACACGUCACUUACUCGAAAUGUAAAACGUAUCGGCAAAAAAAAAGAAACGAAGACGCAAGAGAGAUAUAGAGAGAAAAAGUAAGAACCAACAGAGAUGAAUUUAGGUCUCGAAUAUUAUAUUUAUAUCGUGACUCGAGCAAGGGUUCUCCUUUUAGCGAACGCGACAUUAUUGUGAUAAUUAAUACGUAACGCUUUUCGUGAAACGGUCUCACAGUUCGUUACUUAAUUACGCACAGUAGAAAAUGUUGUGAAGCAGUACGUGUGCACACUAAUCCAUUCUCGGUCGGUUUCGAACCGCGUGUCACACGCGUUUACAAGCGGAUGUUGCUCGAUAAGAAAAAAAGAGAUAUAUUUGUCCAGAAACUUUGUCGAUUCGUUUCUAGGUUCACGUGUGUGUGUGUGUUGUCGUAAUUUUUGUAUUUUCUUCUUUCGCCGAGCCCUGGAUUAAAUCGAACUUCAAAACGCGUGUGGAUCGCGAGAGGGAUAAAAAAAAAAUGAGAGCAAGUGUCGUCGGAUAUUCGCCGAUUGUCUUCGCCACUUUGAUAAAACAUGGUUUAAAACGCUCCUACUGUGUUGUAAAUCAGACCGCGCGUUGCCGUAGCGGAGUGAAUAGUUAUAUAAAAUAAUAGGAAGCGUAUGCUACCGAGUAUUGAACGAUUCUGAAUACUCAUAUAUUGCGUACGCCCUCUAUACAAUCGUCUUAUUGUUUCAGAUCUGCAUUCCAGUUCCUUUGGGAUCUUCAUAGAAAUUCUCUCUCUGGUUAGCUUUUGUAUUUGGUACAGAAAAUCUUCUGGUAUUCUUUUAAUAAUUGUUUAAAUAUUUCAUUGAAUUUCUCUUAUUCUGCCGAACAGCUGACCUAUUGUUCUAGUAUCAUAUUCAUUAUCUUCGUUCAUUUUCCUUUGCAGAUAGAGGAUAUUUCACCGCUAUUGCUGAUUACUGAGGCUUUUCUGGACGCGCGAAACGUUCAGUGGUGUCGAUCGAUUGGAAAUCACGUUCCCACGUAUGGGGAAUCCAGUGACUAGUUUCUGAAGGCCUUGGAAUAAGAUAACCCUUUGGGCUCUCUGUUUCUUCGCAUCAAUGACGAUAAACGCAUAUCUGUCCUCAAGAGUGUGAAUCUCUCAAGGUGGUCGUAUAAUUUUUAGAAAUCUUUACACACACACCCAAAUCGUAUUCCGGCUGGGAUUAACACAGAGAUGAAAUGGGGUGGCGAGACCCGAACGUGUUAGGGCAGCAAAGGGUUAACACAAACAGGUUCUUAUAUAGUUUUCUUCGUUUCGAAACGGAACCGCUUGAGUUGUCAGCAAAAAACGUGAUCCUUCGUCAAAAGUGCAAGACGCCUAUUGCACGUUUUCUCGAAUGCCGUUGAUAGCGGGGUGUACGCGUAGCUCUGUGAUAUGUAAAACGUAGCAUAUUUAUAGAUCUACCAAUCGUGCAUCAUGAUUAAAAAAUAAGGGAAACGUAUCUUAUCAGUUUUAUAACACGUGGUAUUACGAAUCAUGUGAUCCUAAAUGACGUGUACUGCGGGAGGAGCUCGCUGUCUACUUUAAGGGGAGAGAAACGAGAGUUGUUAAAGCGAAAGAUCAGUAUUUUCCGUUUAUUCGUUUUGUUUUUUUCUUUUUCAUUUUUCGUUUUCUAUAUUCUGUUCGCCGCGCGAAUUCGUCUUGUUGUCGUCCUCGUCGUAAAGGGGUUUCAAUGAACAAAGAGAAAAAGAGGAGGAGAGGGAAUCGAGAGAUGAUACUUGUAUUUAUUUUCUGCUCUUGCGUUCUUUUCUUCUGUUCCCUCGGCGUGACCGUGUUGUUCUAUCAUCCGUAUUAUACUUUCUACUUAACGUGACAAAUUUUUCAUUUACCCGAGCGAGUUAUAUAAAUCCGUGUAUCGCGAAUCCGUUCAUUUUGUACGUUUGUCUGUUUGUUAGGAUGGUGUAUAGUCUUCUAGUAGUUUGCGUGUUUGUUCGCUAACAAAGGAGUGUUUCAGUACUGCAAUGAUAUGUACGAAAUUGUUUUAUCUAAUUACUUUUUUUUUUUUUUUUCUUCUUGUACUUGUGUUAACGAACACUUGUAAAUCCUACGUUCAUUUACAAUGGUAUUUAGGUACAAUCUCGUGGAGAACUGUUAAACUUAGAUAUAUUUUUUCAUGUAACAAGACUCACUGUGGUGGUGCCACAAUCUCGUACUAACACAAUGAAAUUCAUAAGUAAUACCUAGGUUUUCGCACCUGGUUACUGUUACGUUUUUUUUUUCCUUUGAUCGUUUAAUGAUCUUCUCUGAGGCAUAUUAAAUACUCGUACUAAAGAUAUACUGGACUAGUGCGCGUUAUGGUGUAGCCAGGUGGCUUAUAUGUUCUAGCGUUUAUAAUUUCAUUAUCUAAUGCCGUCUUGGUUCCUAGUAAAUUUUAUUAAUCGCUUAACGAUAUCCGUACCUGGUCAAUUUUCUAAUUCGUUCGUACUCUUUUUAACCGUUUGCAAACUUCUGCAUAUCUGAAUACCAAAAUUGCAUUUCUUUUUCUACGACAAUUUCCAAAUAUCCGUAAUGUAAUAUAACAUUAAUUCAUAGCGAUUCGACAAAUUUCCAACAUCUUCUCAUUCCUUCUCAUUAAUGCUCGACGAAUUUAAUGAAUUUUUCGAGCCAGCCUAGUUUCCCCGUUAAAAUUCUACUCUUCAAUUGGUGUUUCUAUGAUGGCAAACAUCGAAUAGAGCAGGGAUAGUUUUUCAUGAUAUUCGUGACACGCCUUCCGCGUCUAUUUUAUCGAAUGAUCCAACCGAAAGCAAAUCAAUCUUCUUACGCUUGUAUCAAGCACUGUCCAUUGUACAUUUCUUCUUUUUGCGUCCUGUGUCCGUUGUUUUGCCUCCGAGGAAGCGUAAAAAAAAAAAAGAAAGAAAGAAAGAAAUGACGAGGGAAAAUAUAAUGCAAAUAAUUGGCACAGUUCUCCGCGCUUCAGCCGAGUCAAUGAUUCAAAGGAAAAUAAAAAGAGAUAUCUUCCGGUGCGUGUCGAUCGUUCGCGUGCUGAGAUGAAAACUUAAAAAAAAAAAAAAGAAAGAAAUCGUUGACUAAAUAAUAUUUAUAUAGCCUCCGGGAACCACGAGUACCUUUUUAAUCAUUAAUGCUGAACGCUGUGAUAUCGCGUACAUUAAACAAUUUUUAUUAUAUUAUAAACGUAAAGUGUGCAUAUUGUAAUGUUAACGAGAAAAAGAGCGAAAAAAACGAAACGAUAGAGAGAGAGAGAGAAAAAAAAGAUAGAGUACAUAUUUCUCCUUUAUAUGUGAAGACUGAAAAAAAAAAAAAAAUAAUAAAAU